ACAACAUGACGAAACAUGUCGGAGCGCGAGGAAAUUUUGCGUGAAGCAGUCGAUAUCAUUGCUAAAGAUUAUAAAUUUACAAACUAUAAUGUUACAGUUACAUCCAUAACUACGGGCGGUGCUAAUUAUACUGCAGUGCUAUUUCUCGUUACUGUAUCCGAAGUGGACAAGGAAAAUUUAGAGUUAUUCGUGAAAUUCAAUAUAUUCAGUGAGGAAUUUUGUUCAGAAUUACACUACCGUGGUUACGAGCUGGAGCGUUUUACUUACACGGAAUUAGCAAAUAUAUAUAAAGCAAUAGAAGAUGAACACAAAUUGGCAGCUGAAGAUAGGUUUGUUAUACCUCAAUACUAUGGUAAUCCUAAUAUUACAAAGGAUAUUUUGGUUUUAGAGAAUUUAGUAGCAAAAGGUUACACAAUGCUGGACAGAUUUGCAUCAAUAGAUUGGGAAUAUGCUUGCAAAGCUGUGGAAGAACUUGCUAAGUUUCAUGCUUUAUCUAUACCCCAUAGAGACGAACGUUCUAGUAGUUUUAAAGCUGCAAUGAGUAGAAAUAGUGGUUUAAUAUACUUCCUUGAAAGUAUUAGAAACUCGUAUCCUGAUGUAGUAGAAAAAGCUAUAGAUGCAACAGAUGAUAAAAAUAAAGAAAGAUUAAGAAAAUUUGUAGAGGGAACAGAUAUUUACGAGAAACAUGUGGGAUACUAUAAUCCUUUGCGUAGACGAUUUAUAAUACAUGGGGACUACCGUGUCAGCAACUUAAUGCACAAAUUAAACGAGGAUGGGUCUAUUCUUAUUGUCCCGUUGGACUACCAAACCAUACAGAUGGGUAGUCCCGUACUGGAUUUGCUGUACUUUAUCUACACGGGUUCUGAUGAGGCAUUCAGGAGAGAGCACUAUGAACGACUCAUCGAUCGAUAUUAUACUGAACUGUGCCGGGCGUUGAGUAACCUGGAUAUAAAUUCGGAUGACGUCUAUCCUAGGGAAGAUUAUGAGUACGAUCUGAAAGAGUUUUCAGAUUUCGGCCUCAUUACCUGCAUGUGUUUUCUCCCAUUGAUCACUGUGGAGACAGAAAACGCUCCCAAAGUGGGAGAUGAUCCCAAUGAGAUUCUCGAAUUUGUGACACCCAAGUACAGCUCACAAUUUUUGGAGAAAUGGAAUGGUGUUAUCAACAACUAUAUCGAAUGGGAGAUAAUAUAA